UCCGACACAAACUUCCGCUACGCGCACUUUGAAUGUUUGGGAAAUGAGGUGAAUGUUUUUUGCAAGAUAUGAUGAAAAUGCCUGUCUUAGAAAACGGAAAAGCAGAAACAGAGGAAGAAGAAAUGGAGCAAGAAACCCCAGGGAGCAAUAAUAGCUCUGACGAUGAUUCGGAAAUGGGUUCCGAAGAUGAAGAUGGGUCAGAGCUGGAUGAAGAAGAAUGUGAAAGAAGGAAAACAGAAUGCCUCGAUGACAUGGCAGAUCUGGAAAAACAGUUUUCAGAUUUGAAAGAAGUGUUAUACAAAGAGAGAAUGGGACAGGUUGAUCAUAAACUGGAGGAGGUUCGAGCAGGUAGAGCUGCUGAGUACCUUAAUCCUUUAUCACAGUUACAAGAAAACAUGAGGAUUAGGACAGAAGUUGCAGUUCCACCAACAGGCUGCUUUUCUAUAGAAGGGAUUCUUCGAGAAUUAAGGAUAGACAGCAUUCAGAAUAAAUUUGAAAGUGAAGUAUUAGCUGCCCAGCAAAAUUUAGAGAGUGAUAAAGAACUCUUAUAUGACACAGUCAAAAAUGAAUUAGAGGAAAAAAUCCGCAGACUGGAAGAGGACAGACAUAAUAUAGAUAUAUCAUCUGAUCUCUGGGAUGAAACACAAACAAUGAGUAAAAGUAAAAAGAAAAUUGAUGGAUCCUCAUCAGAAAGAAGAAAAAAGCCCCUUUCUGUGUCAGGGCCAUAUAUCAUAUACAUGUUAAAAGAUGUAGAAAUUAUUGAAGACUGGACAGCAAUUAAAAAGGCACUAAAACAGAAACGAAAGUCAGAGUAUGAUUUUUGUUGAAGCUGGGGCUUUGUGCAAUGUUUAUGAAGACUUAAGUUUAGGUGGUGCUUUUACAGCAUAUUGCUGUGGCUACAAAAUCCAUGAUCCCUCAGGUAAAAAUGUCAAGGUCAUGUCUAAACUUACGCCGGACUUCUGUCCCGUAGCUAGCUAUCUGCCUGCAGGACACCAGAAAUGUGAAUCAUCCAGAGCUCAGAUUGAAAAUUCUAGCUGUCAUGGACAUGUUACAGUUCGUGUAGAGAUGAUAAUUACAUGCACAGAACAACAGAUUUUUUGUACUCUUAAGAAUUUUGUACAGUGUGUACGGAAUGAGACAAUUUAGUUUACUAAAUCUGGGAGACACUUGUGUAUGUUCGACAUUAAAGUGUAUAUGUGUGUUUGUGUGCUAUGUGACUGUUUUACCAUGUUUUCAUGGAAGACUUGCGCCAAAAAGUUGGGUGAAUAGAUGCAUCUUCAAAAAAUUUAUAUGUGUGUGUUUAAAGUUCAACAUUGUGACAUGAUUCCCUAUGUUUUAUAGAUAUAUUUCCUUGUAAAUGUUUCAGAUUUACAUGUAUUGUUAGUUAAUAACAUCAUUUCAUAAUUAAUUUACUCUCCUCGUAGAGGGUACAUGAUAUGUAUUAGUACAUUACAACUGUGUGGCAUUCAAAGUUCUUAAUGUUACGGGAAAAAAAAAUGGACAAAUUACUGAAAUUGUUCUCCAUUUUAUUUAAUAUGUGUUGCAUGUUUAUCAUGGUUGUAAGUCAAGAAGGCAGACUUUACAAGUAUUGCAUUCAACAGUAGUGCUUAUUUUAUAUGUAUGUCUAGGUAAAGUUUCUACCCAGAUGUUGGGCAGAACUGUUCAAUUUUUUAUUUAUGUUAGCCUUGUCUUGCAUUUAAGAUUUUUUUCAUUUAAAAUUAUUCUAUUUUCAUACACUUUAUUUUUUUUUUUUUACUUACUAGUCUAUAAAAAAAGGAAAAUAAUAUCCGUUUUCAUAAGUUUCUAAGAAUGGCGGUUUUUAUGAUCUUAUUGGACCUAAUGCAGUUGCUUAAAAUGUUAGCUCUCCUAUUUGCAGGUUCAUGAAACUUUGUUGAAAUUCUUUAUUUGCUUAUUAUACAAUGUUGCAAAAUCAUGAGAAAAAAGUAUGAGUUUUGAAAACGCAUAUGUACGAUUUACAGAUGCAAGAUUUAUUAACAGUCUUUUUUACAAUGAAACCCUUUGUAAAUGACUAUAUUAUAAAUUAUGUGCUAUAAAAAUAUAUAUGAUUUCAUUGUAAAUACCGUAUAACAUUAAAAGUCAUUUAAAUGUA